GCAUAUAUAUUUCCCAAACAUGAAGGCCAUUCUUAUUGCAUUCUUACUGUUGGCUACUGUUAUUUUCCUUCCCAGUUUAACACUUGCUCGAGAACUGAAGGCAACAGAGGUGUUUAAUAAUGGGGACCCUCAAAAACCUGCUAUUAAGUGUGACCCUAAUAAGUCUUACAGGAGUUGCUUACCGCCGAAAGCAGCACCGAAAGCAACAUGUAAUCCAUACUCGCGUAAUUGCUGAUCAACAUCGAUCAAAUUCACAAAUUGGGAGAUCAGAAGAUAUAAUAAUGCAUGGAGUUUUCGAGGGGAGAAGUUCUUCUUACCCAAAAGUAUCAAUAAACUUUAGUUUUAAAUUGUAGGUGUUACUACUUUUUAACGCUUCCUGUGU